AUGGCGCGCAACACGAGGCGGCGAGCGGCGCAACAAAGAAAUCAAAAAGUUCUCGAUAUUCUCAAUAAUGUGGCGGAGAACCAAGACGACGGUGACGCCGCGCACACGACAAAUAUUGACCAGCAUAUAGACACAGAAUCUGUUGAUCACGACCAUGGCGAUGAUCAGAGACCAACAAGGCGAUCGGCUCGUUUGAACAAGAGAGCAGCGCGUGAAGUCACGCCCGUUACGGAGAAAGACGUUCCGGAAGCCCCAUAUAGUCCAUUAUUCAUGCCGUCGGACAGCGAAGCUGAGGAAGAUAACGAAGCUGAAGAGGAGAGUAAACGCGAAGAAGACGAUGAAUCACUCCAUUCAGAACAUGACACCUCAAUACCCGACCAUGAACAACAACUUUGGCAGGAACAAGAGCAAGCAAUCGCCAAUAGUCAGCAGGAGCAGGAGCAGGAGCAGGAGCAAGAAUUAACUACGAGUCCUGUUUUGGUGGUGAUCAAUAGAAGGGAGGAAAGAAUGGGGGACCAAGAUGCUACCACGGCCAGAGCUGCAGAAACCAAGACUGCGCGCGCUAAAGCCAACCAUGCCGACUUCUCUGGGGGAGAUGAUGAAUUUGCAGAUGGUGCAUCGGAGCAAGAGGACGAGAACGCCGACGACGUCGAACCCCGGCAAGAGGAUAACCGCGGCGAAGAACCCGCACCAAAUGAUAAUUUUGAUAUGGAUGACUCACGGCAUGAUGUCGGCGCUGCGUUAAAAGGUCUCUUUGACUGGGACAAUGAGCAGCCAGCUGAGCCCACACAAAGGACAAGAUUAGUUGAUCAGCUGGAAACACAACAUCCACAAACUAGGGGAUCACCAAGUCGCAAAAGAAGGCGAGCAUCAAAUGAUAGCACAGAUAUGCCUGAUAGAACCCGCAGGCGCAGAGAAUCACAGAAUCAGGAUGUCACAAUUGCAGCUAGACGGAGAACACCGAUUGCCCUUCCUAUAGAGAUAGAGGUUGCUACGAGCCCAGAGAUACCCAUUAGAACUCGCAGGCUCAGAGAAUCACGGGAGCAGAAUAUUGAAAGCGCAGCUAGUCGCAGACCACCGGUAGCCCGAGGCUCCCCCGAAGCUGCAGACUGGGAAGCUACUAUUCUGGAAGAAGGGACUCGGGAUGAGGUGAUAGUGGUCGCCGAACAUAGAACAUUCGACGAUGCGACAAAAAUCCAUGAUCUACAAGGGACCUGGAAACGCCUAAUAAGGUAUUGCCAGAAACUCAAAGAUAUAGAAGUUAGAAGAACGCGACGCUACAUUGGAAUUGAGGCGAUUGUGGAGCGCAUCGGAGACUUGCUCAAGGACUACAAGCGAAUGCAAAGAAAGCGCUUACGAGGAUGGGCCAUUGACCCCAAUACUUGGAAGCGUACGAGGCAAGAAGUAAAAUACCUCGGUGAAGACGCUGAUCAAAUCCGAAAGGUGGUUUUGAGGCGUGCCAAAGAAGGAAAAGAGAACAAUGACCUGCAAGCCCAGGCAGAUGCGAUAGAAUACGCAGAACUUAUUGUUCAGCAAGUGAUGACCUCCUUGUGCCAAUUAGCCUUGGAGUGUUUGAGGACCUACUACUCUGAGGAAGACGAAUGGCUUUUGAAGGGGGGGUUUGGGGCGGUCUUGGAUAUAAUUGACAUUGUCGGGGAACUCGAUUUGACCUUGACAUCGUUGCAUAAUUGUGCGAUGGUUGUGCUGUCUCCGUACCCAGGCCGGCCGAUACGGCAAGAACUACGAAGCAUUCGAGGUUCGCUGGCGAAGGCUGAAGCAGAUGAACAAAGGCGAGGGUGGUAA